AACUGUGUUUUCUUUCUCUAAAUUUGCAUUCACUUUUUAGUAUUUUUAUAAUCUGUCAUUGUUUCUCUCUCUCUCUUGCUUCCAUCAUUGUAUUGACCUUUCCAUUCUCUUUUUGACUCCAAACUUACUUUGCCCUUCCCUCCAAACCUUCUUUCUUUUCAUCCACCUUUUUCUCUCAACCCUUUUUUUUUGGUUCAUCUUUCAUAGACAUUAUAUUUUAGUAACAAAGUGUGGCAGAAAUCAUGGAAGCUCCAAAGACAGAGGAAAUAAGCCACCCACCAAUGGACCAACUUCAUGGCUUAGAGUACUGUAUUGAUUCAAACCCAUCUUGGGUGGAAUCAGUAGUUUUGGGUUUCCAGCAUUACAUUUUGGCUUUAGGAACUGCAGUGAUGAUUCCUUCAUUUCUUGUGCCUUUGAUGGGUGGAACUGAUGGUGAUAAAGUGAGGGUGGUACAGAUUCUGCUUUUUGUAGAAGGAAUUAAUACACUCUUGCAAACACUCUUUGGAACUCGGUUACCAACAGUGAUGGGAGGGUCUUAUGCAUUCAUGGUCCCCAUUAUAUCCAUUAUUCAUGACUCCUCAUUGGCCUCUAUACAGGACCCUCAUUUGAGAUUUGUUAACACUAUGAGAGCAGUUCAAGGUGCAAUGAUAGUGGCAUCAAGCAUACAAAUUAUUUUGGGAUUUAGUCAAUUAUGGGCCAUUUGUUCGAGGUUUUUCAGCCCACUUGGAAUGGUUCCAGUAAUUGCACUAGCUGGUUUUGGGUUAUUUGAUCGAGGGUUUCCUGUGGUUGGACAUUGUGUUGAAAUUGGAAUUCCCAUGUUAAUUCUAUUUGUAGCCUUCUCUCAGUACUUAAAAAACUUCAAUGCAAGACAACUACCAAUAUUAGAGAGAUUUGCUCUGCUUAUAUCAACCACAGUGAUAUGGUCCUAUGCACAUCUCUUAACAGCCAGUGGAACAUACAAACACAGGCCAGAAUUAACCCAACAUAAUUGCAGAACAGACAGGGCCAACCUCAUUUCUUCUGCUCCAUGGAUAAUGAUUCCAUACCCUUUUGAGUGGGGUGUUCCUACAUUUGAUGUUGGUCAUGCUUUUACCAUGAUGGCUGCUGUUUUGGUCUCCUUAAUUGAGUCAACUGGGGCAUACAAAGCUGCAUCAAGACUAGCAAGUGCAACACCACCUCCUCCUCAUGUUCUGAGCCGUGGUGUUGGCUGGCAGGGAAUUGGAAUCUUGUUGAAUGGACUAUUUGGAACACUGACUGGUUCAACAGUUUCUGUAGAGAAUGUUGGACUACUAGGAAGCACUCGUGUUGGAAGUCGAAGAGUCGUUCAAAUUUCAGCUGGCUUUAUGAUAUGCUUCUCAAUGUUAGGAAAAUUUGGGGCAUUUUUUGCAUCAAUACCCUUCCCGAUUUUUGCUGCUAUGUACUGUGUCCUGUUUGGCCUUGUGGCUUCUGUUGGGCUAUCAUUUUUGCAGUUUACUAACAUGAACUCAAUGAGGAACCUCUUUAUUACUGGUGUUGCCCUUUUCUUGGGUUUUUCUAUUCCUGAGUAUUUCAGAGAAUACACUGCCAAGGCUCUUCAUGGUCCUACUCAUACAAGUGCUAGAUGGUUCAAUGACUUUCUCAAUACUAUCUUCUUCUCAUCCUCAACUGUUGCAUUUAUUGUUGCUGUGUUCUUGGACAACACUCUUGAUUACAAGGAUAGCUCCAAAGAUAGGGGAAUGCCAUGGUGGGUCAAGUUUAGAACUUUUAAUGGAGAUACCAGGAAUGAAGAGUUCUACACCCUCCCUUUCAACCUCAACCGGUUUUUUCCUCCAUCUUAACAAAGAAAGUUAUGGUUCAUACAGAAAGAUGUUAAGAGGAAAAAUCUCGUUUCCAGAUAAGGAUUAUAUUUUCUUGGUAAGAGAGUGAGGAAGAGUGAUAACUGUGUAACAUAUUGGUGAAAUGUUAAUGAAGAAAAUUAUCAUAGUUUAACAUAGACUUCGUGUUUGUUUGUAAAGCACCAAAAUUGUCGUGGCAAAAUCACGGUAGACCACAAGCUACA